CAUAGUCUGACUCGCUCACAUUCCUCUCCCGGCUCUGUGUGGGGAAGGCACACAGUCUGCUUGCAGCCCAGUGCUGCAACAUUAGAGUCCCUUUCAGAGACACAACGGGGACCUUGAGGACCCGGCAGUAGGCCAAUGCACACUGGUACACCAUACACGCACAUUUAGGUCCACAUUGCUACACUCUAGCGCACAGUACAGUCUGCAUGCCGGUGUGUUGCCUACUGCUGAACAGGCUACAGGAAAAUCUCAGCAAAAGAAUCAGAUUCUAUCAGGUUAGGCAGAUUAGAGAGCAGGUCGCUGCCGAUGUAGUGAUGAUCCCCAGCUUCUUCAUGACGCUUUCCGUGGUCUACAACUCUCAGCUGGACUUACGCCUCCAUGUCGUCCAGCAGGAUGGACAGUAGAUGCCCUUGACUGCCAGCCUUCCUCACCACGAUUUGAUUCCACCCCGAAGGCUUCAAUACAUCCGGAGGAAGUCCUCAAAGCCAGGAACGAGAAAGUUCUGCUGGACAGAGGUACCAAGGAGGACCUUCUUUUGAAUCUGCCCCCCUCUCCGUUGCCACAAUGCUGUGGGACAAGUUUGCCUGUCCUCUGCUGUCAUUGGCCACCCUGCUGGCAGCCGGGGGAUGCAAUGUGGUGGAGCAGCGACGUAGCACGGAUUCUAGUGCCAGCGACACCGGCGGCGGCCCUGGGGACACCAGCCGGAAGGUCGGCCGCAUCCAGCACGGCCAGUGCACUUACACCUUCAUCCUGCCCGAGAACGAUGCAGGUGUUGCCUGUCAGGACAGCCAAGCUGGGGGCCAGUACAACACCAACGCCCUGCAGAGGGAUGCGCCCCUACUGGAGCAAGACUUCUCCAGCCAGAAGAUCCAGCAGCUAGAGCAUGUCAUGGAGAACUACACACAGUGGCUUCAGAAGCUCGAGAACUACAUCAAGGACAGCAUGAGGUCGGAGAUGGCGCAGCUGCGGCAGAGCGCCGUGCACAACCACACCGCCGCCAUGCUGGCGAUGGGCACCAGCCUGCUGUCCCAGACCGCUGAGCAGACGCGGAAGCUCACGGAUGUGGAGACGCAGGUUCUAAAUCAAACUUCACGGCUCGAGAUCCAGCUGCUGGAGAACUCACUGUCCACCAACAAGCUGGAGAAGCAGCUGCUCGUCCAGACCAAUGAAAUCGGGAAGCUACACGACAAGAACAGGUUCCUGGAGCAGAAGAUCCAGGAGAUGGAGGCCAGGCACAGCGAGGAGCUGGAGUCCCUGCGUGAGGAGAAGGUUAGCUUGCAGGAGCUGGUGGCCAAGCAGAGCCACGUGAUACAGGAGCUAGAGAGCCAGCUGGGCCAGGCCACCGGCAACAACACGGCCCUGCAGCGGCAGCAGCAGGACCUCAUGGACUCGGUGCACGGGCUGCUCAACCUGUGCAACAAGGAUGCAGCAGUACCGAACAGCACGAAGCAGGCCGACGAGGAGAAGAAGUUCCGCGACUGCGCUGAUCUCUUCCAAGCCGGCUUCACUAAGAAUGGCGUCUACACGCUCUACGUCAACGUCAACGUCAACGUCCUGGAGACCAAAAAGGUCUACUGCAACAUGGAAGCUGCAGGUGGUGGCUGGACCGUGAUUCAGCACAGGGAGGAUGGCAGAUUAGACUUCCAGAAGACAUGGAAGGAGUACAAGAUGGGUUUCGGAAGUGUGUCUGGAGAGCACUGGCUAGGGAACGAAUUUGUGUUCCUCCUCACCAAGCAGCGGCAGUACAGCCUGCGGGUGGAGCUAAUGGACUGGGACGGGCGUCAGGCCUUCUCACAGUACGAUAGCUUCCACUUGGAAAACGAGAAGCUGAAUUACAGACUCUUCCUGAAGAGUCACAGCGGCACAGCAGGACGGCAGAGCAGCAUGGUGGUCCACGGGGCGGACUUCAGCACCAAGGACCUGGACAACGACAACUGCAUGUGCAAGUGUGCCGUCAUGCUGACGGGCGGCUGGUGGUUUGAUGCCUGUGGCCCAUCCAACCUCAACGGGAUGUACUACAACAAAGGACAACAUGUCGGGAAGCUUAACGGCAUCAAGUGGCACUACUUCAAAGGUCCGAGUUACUCUCUUCGUGCCACGACCAUGAUGAUUCGCCCAUCGGACUUCUGAAGGAAGCCUCCUUCCAACGAAUGAUGUCAACGGGGUCAAGAUCCAAGAGGAAAAGACAUCUUGGUCUAGCUUAGCUUUCCCCAAGACCUCUUCUGGAGAUGAAAGACACGGCACAGUUUUGUCAUGUUAUUUUCUGAGGAAAAACCUGUUUUUUUUGGUGACAACUGAACUGUAAAGGCUAUUAGCUGCAGGUUACAGUUACAGCCGGUCUAUAAUGGGAACAUUACCUGAAAUCACAGGAUUGUUGACACUUGUGCUUUCUGUUGCUGGCACAGAGAAAAUGCUGUUGAACAUUAGCAUUAUAUCCACAAACGAAUAAACUAUGCUUGUUUAUUUCGGUAAUUUUUUUUUCUCCCGGUAGUGGAAUCUGUUGGUCUGUUUUUAUCGUCACCGAAAUCAUUAAUGCCGUUUUCGGACACAAUACGAAUCGCAAGGUUUGAGCGGAGGCCCCGAAAGUUGCGUGUCAUUCGGGACGACGGACGUUCAUGGCCCGCUGGAGGACAGAUAGCUGAGCUGCCGGAGGCCGCGGUGUGGAGCUGCCAAACGGACUCGCCAACGUACAGCCUGCCGCGGUAUUCCGGACUGAUACGCACAUAUCGGGGGUACACCUGAAUCACAUUCACAUGAGAUUUUUCUACAUGUGAUGGCCCACAUUCUGGGACCUUGGAUAUGGAAGGACUCUGCAUACAAGGAGAAAACAAAGAUUUAAUACAAUCAUAACUUACAUUGUUCAUUUUUUCGUAAACAGUAUUAAUGUGAAUUUCUUUGCAUUCUCAGUACUUUUAAAGCAUAUGUGGUGCUUUAACUGUGUCCUUAUUAACAUUAAACCAUGUGAGUAGUUUCUGAGAACACCGCAAAUGUAUAAUGGUGAGUCAACUUGUACGCAAAGAGUGAGAGAAAAGUGCUGGAUUAUAGGUUAUUUUGGUAAAAUACGAGUAAAAGCAGCAGUUGAAAAUGGUGAAGUGUUUACCAAAAAACAACUAAUCUCAUUAAAGUAAACCAUGUUAAACAUCCAUCUCAUAGAGAACUUUCCAUAUAAAUCGGUGAUGAUGAAAGAGGGGGUGAUGAAGAUGGUCCCCACAAUGGCUAUAGAAAUAAGACCCAGUGUUCACCCAACUAUAAUACUGUAUUAGUGUGCACUUAUCCAUCUUCCAUAUCACUUUAUCCUGGUGUAAUGCUAGCAGUAAAAACAAUAUAAAUAUUCAUGAUUAGGAGUGAUUCAUGUCAAUAUUGUUGACUUACAAUCUAAUGAAUUUUUCAUAAAGGAAGCGUUGAAAAAAUUAAGACUCUCCGGAGACGCCUGGAUUCACAUUCUCCAGCUCAGUGGAGACCGUUCGCUUUAAUGAAGCAGUGAUGUUUAGUGCCCUCAUGUUUCAUAAACACAAGCAGAAAUGCGAGUUUUGUUGUUCACUUUGUCUUUUCCCUUUGAUAAUAUGUUUUAUAAAUCUUCGGUUACGUGAACGCACUUGUACAAUGGUGACAUUUUCAUUGUUGUGGCUCAGUUGCCACUAAAAGCUAGUGAGGAUUUUUCAGGCUUCUGCGGCUUUUUAAUAAGGUUACAGCUAAGUUUAAGGCAUAGGGUCAGCGUGAAGGUGGCAGAAAGGCUCCUCUCAGCUGUUUUCAACACCUAAAUAGUCUCCAGCCAUGUUUGCCUGAGUGGCCAUCGUUGUGUCCCAGGGUACUCUUGUGAAAUUCAAAGCCAUUUCUCCCUAUACAUCAUACUGCAAGGCUGUAGGACAACAUAAAUAAUGGCAUGUCGAGGUCGACACUAUGCACAGUGCGUACUGUUAUGUGAAAAAGCAACUGGUUUUGUUCUGUUAAAUAUUACUGACAGGUAUUUUGAAACAAGUAAAAGGAGUUUGGAGUUUCUGGGGCAAGUAAAACUUUGCAAUUUAUAAGUAGACUAAAACAGUGUAAUAUGAUGUGUAUACGUGUAAAAAAAAAAAAUUUCCUAAGGAAAGCUGUGUAUUUGUUUCAUUUCAGAGCCAGCGGUGCUUGAGGUACCAAUGACAGCGUGCGGGAAAAAUGCUUCUGAACGACCUGGAUUUUAGCUGGAGGAAGCAUUUUAAUUUUGCUUCAGUUAAAUCCUUUUUGUAGAAUAUGACAAACCAUGGAUAAUAAAGGCAUGUGAUGCGGUAACAUUUCUCACUCUGGGUGUGAAGCAGACCUUUACUCAAUGGGUGCAUGGCCGUUACAAUAAUGUGAGAUGCUGUCUAAAAAUAAAACAAGGUGUGUAAAUGUACAAA